AUGGAGCCAGCGAAUGAGGACACUGGCUCGGUGCCUCGGCAGCAACCGCUCCCAUCCUCCCCAUCCCAGCCCGCGACCCUUCCCUCCGACCCAAUCAACCCAGAUACCAUAGCUGCGUCGAUAUCGGAUGGGAUUGCGGUCAGCAAUGGUUCGGUUCUUCCUCGCGCCCCGGGACUCUCGAAUAAAGACCGGCCGAUCUCUGGCAUAGUCCCCCCGUACUGGAGUCACCACCGGAAUGCUUCCAGAGCUUCUCAAAUAUCCGUCGAUCAAUCGCACGGCAUUACCCUUGAAGACCAUACCGAGGAUCCGGACUGUGAGACCAGCCGCGGUCUGUGGGCGAAGAGCGUUGCUGUCGACGAUCAUGUUGUCGUUCAGGGGAAGACCGGAAUAGGAUCGUAUGUGGUGUGGAAUUGCAGGAUACAAACUCUUGAUGGCGGUCCUAUCACUGUUCGCUUAAGAUAUUCGGAAUUCGACGACAUGCGACAGCAAUUGGUCGCAUCCUUUCCAUAUGCAAAGAAUGCCCUGCCUCCUCUUCCUCCCAAAAGCGUCAUCUUCAAAUUCCGCCCUUCAUUUCUGGAGACCCGCCGGGUCGGCUUAGAAUAUUUCUUGAAUUGUGUUCUAUUGAACCCCGAGUUUUCCAGCUCGCCCGUCGUUAAGGACUUUUUGUUCGGAAGAAUGUGCUGA